ACUCGUCCGGGUCUUUAGAACUUGAAGAGCCAUUGUUUUGUACCUCCACUAUAGCUGGAAUAGAAGGCGCUUGUUUUACUGAAUCGAUUUUAUUUGAACCAGACUCCUAUGGGGUAGUCUUGCGAGCCGGCUCGACCCCUG